CCUCCCGCAGCCAGUCCCGAGAGCUCCGCGUCCCCGCUGCUGUCUUCUACCGCCCGGCCGGAUCGGAUCCGAGUCGGAGCAUGGAACCAGGGCAGCCCCGGGAAGCCCGCGAACCCGGGCCAGGGGCAGAGACCGCUGCGGCGCCGCGCUGCGAAGAAGCCAAGACUUUCUAUGACAACCUCUCGCCCAAGAAGAAACCCAAAUCGCCAAAGCCUCAGAACGCGGUCACCAUCGCUGUGUCCUCCAGAGCCUUGUUCCGAAUGGACGAGGAACAGAGGAUCUACACAGAGCAGGGCGUAGAGGAGUAUGUGCGAUACCAGCUGGAGCACGAGAAUGAGCCCUUCAGUCCCGGGCCCGCCUUCCCCUUUGUGAAGGCCCUGGAGGCUGUGAACAAGCGACUUCGGGAGUUGUACCCCGAUAGUGAAGACAUCUUUGACAUUGUCCUCAUGACCAACAACCAUGCUCAAGUGGGAGUUCGCCUCAUCAACAGCAUCAACCAUUAUGACCUGUUCAUUGAGCGUUUCUGCAUGACGGGUGGGAACAGCCCCAUCUGCUACCUCAAGGCCUACCACACCAACCUCUACUUGUCAGCUGAUGCCGACAAAGUGAGAGAAGCCAUCGAUGAGGGGAUUGCAGCUGCCACCAUCUUCAGCCCCAGCAAGGAUGUGGUUGUGUCCCAGAGUCAGCUCCGCGUGGCCUUCGAUGGGGACGCAGUACUCUUCUCCGAUGAGUCAGAGCGCAUCGUCAAGGCCCAUGGGCUGGACAGAUUCUUUGAACAUGAGAGGACCCAUGAGAACAAACCUUUGGCACAGGGCCCCCUAAAGGGCUUCCUGGAAGCACUGGGUAGACUGCAAAAGAAAUUCUACUCCAAAGGCUUGCGGCUGGAGUGCCCGAUUCGCACUUAUUUGGUGACAGCGCGCAGUGCAGCCAGUUCUGGAGCCCGGGCCCUCAAGACCCUGCGCAGCUGGGGCCUGGAGACGGAUGAGGCCUUAUUCCUAGCCGGAGCACCCAAGGGCCCCCUUCUUGAGAAGAUCCGUCCACACAUCUUCUUUGAUGACCAGAUGUUCCACGUGGCUGGAGCUCAGGAGAUGGGCACCGUGGCGGCCCACGUGCCUUAUGGUGUGGCUCAGAAUCCCCGGCGGGCCGCCGCGGCCGCUAAGCAGUCACUAGGCGCACAGUAGCCGAGCCACCUUGCUCCAGGCGCCUGUCACACUUCUGAACCUCUUCCGGUGAACUUUUCUGGCUCCACCCUCCUGCAUGACGCCGUCAUCCCUCCGCGCCAGGUACUCUUAGAAAGCUACGACGACAGAGCCAGAAGUCUUGAAAUCCCUCGAAAUGGGAAAUGUGUACAGUGCUGCACACAGGCUCUGUGUGUGUUUUCCCAUGGUUUAGAAACCACACGCUGACCUUUUGCUUGCUGUGAUUUGCUAACCUGAGCCAUGGAAAGCUGCUACGUGGAAGGUUUGUCUGAAGAAGGGAGGAAAAGUUGUCCACAUGCAAGUUCUCCUGUAGCCAGCAGGGGGCACUGCAGGCUCUCCCUGGAGAAGGCUUUAGCGGUUUACCAACUCUCGAGGUUUCCUUUGCCUUCAGCUUUUAGGCAAAGUUCAGUUAGUCCUGUCUGCCCGUGUCCUCACCUCGGUCCUGGGUCUGCCGGUCACUUCCACCUGCCAUGCUGUAAGGAAGUUCUCCUAGCAGAGAAAGAACUCUAGUCCCAAAUUUGGAGAAAGCAUAGGCUCUGAAGCAAGUCGUUGUCCAGGCUGAAGCUGAGGUGUAGGUGUUACAGAAGUGGGAAGUGUCAGGACUGUUCUGAAAGCAAAGAUGCUAGGGAAGUGAUAGCUCAGAGAGGAGCGAGCUGAACUUGUACCAGCACGAUUCUGUUGUGGAUAGUGAAGAGAAGCCAGUCAGAGCUACCCUGGAAGCGAUAAACUGCCAUUGGGUGCUGUGCAAAGGAUUCUGGGAUGAGAUGACCUCCCUGAGAGGUACCAGCGAUUACUCCAUCUCAUGAAUCUCUGUAGCCCUUUCUUCCCCACAUGAUGAGUGAUGGUCCAUCUCCUCUUUUGCUAAGCAGCCCUGGCACUCAGAAGGGUGGAAGAGUGGAUGGUUGGUCCCCUUUGAAGACAAGAAGGGGCAAGCAGACAUGAUUGUGCGCACUGAUUGCCUGGCUCCCACAGAGACUUCAGCAAUGAUGGAAGCCAGAAGCAUCAUCAGAGGGCCAGGAGCUGAGGAGGGCCCGAGGAGAGGGGCCUGGAGGUAGGGUGAAGGGCAUCCGGGGACUCUAACCUCUGCCCUUCUGGGCAUUUGAAUCGGGAUCUGAAUGAGUGCAUGCCCUGGGCAGUGUGUCCCAGGGUGACAGCUGCAGGAAGGAGGAAAAAGAAGAUGCAAGGACUCCCGGAUAUGAGCACCAGCUUGGGCCAGAAGAGAAACCCUGGGCCAGGCUUGCGCUGCCGUCUCUGUGGCAUGCAGAUGCUAUUCCUGGAAGGGAUGUGAGGUUGGCACCCACCACAGCUGCUUUACGGAGCCACUGGAAUUAUUGCAGCCAGUAGGGCAUGUGGCAAAGGUAUCUUUACACACGGUUGUGCUCAUCAUUUUAACCAGGACAUCAGAGGAGGCCUCGAAGCAGAACAAAGUCUGUAAGGGGGUUCCUGUGCUACUGGCACCCCACGCCUGGCCAGAGAUGCUGUAUGACUGAGAGCAUGCGCAGAGACAGGAAACGGGGGAAGAGAGGAGGUUCAGCCUGCAGGCAUUCUCCAUCUUCACUGGAUCACACUACAGCCCCUGGAAGGUCUCAGCCGAGGCUCACAGUGGUCACAAGAAGCUUAUAAGGAUGUGCAGAGUGGAGGCUCACAGACUGUCCUUAGGUUGUCCAGUCAGAAAAGACAUGCGUACUGUGAAGACAGCACUGGGUGUUGUUGAAUUCGGGAUCUGGGAUGCAUGCCCAGGGCCCGGUCAUGAAGGCUGCAAACCCUCCCAGGUUUCCUAGGUAACGGGCAUGGUGCCGUGCCAGAGCAAGAAGAUAAGGUGCAGUGAAGGGCUGUGGCUUUCAUUGGAGCCACUGUUGAUAGCACCGUGCGGAACGGUCCAAAUUCUAUUAUUGAAACCGCAGAUGAGCAUCUCAAGCCCAGACAAAAGCUUCUGGAGCUGGAACAACAGACCAGAAGUCCUGAGGGCAGGCUCUUGCUGUCUGACUGCAACCAGACAGUCCUCCUGGUGGCCUCGGGAGCCGAAGAGGGGCCUGGCAGCAUGAAGCUUUAUGUGUUGUGUUACCAGGAGAUUUACUGAGCGAAGAAGCCCCGGGCAAAGCCUUAGAAGGCAGCACUGGGGUGGAGGAGCCCCGCCCCCAGAACACUGGACCCCUUUAGCUGGAAGCGCUGCAUCCCUAGGUCUGGCAGAGCACUCCUCCUAGAAAGUGCUUGCCAACAGAAUUCCAGGCCCAGUGGAACUGUCACUCAGCAGAACAGUAGCUCUGUUUGUUAUUAAGUGUGGAGACUGCUAAGAUUACUCCAGAACUCCCUGCAGGGGAGGGAGAUGUAGCUGGGCAUCUGGCUCAGUCGGUAGAGCGCUUGCCUACUGAAUCCAAAAGCCUGGAUUCAACUAAACAGCAAUCAAUACUUAGGGUAGGCGGGAUGGCGCACACACCUAUACUUCCAAUGCCAGAGAGAUGAAGGCAGGAGGAAUCGAAAGGCCAAGGUCAGCUGCGCAGCUAGUCCGGAUUACAUGAGACCCCAUCACAAAAAGAAGGAAGCAAACUUUCCCCUACAUGAUGGCCCAGCUGCAUUCGUGAAAAUGUAGCAGAAUAUGCUAGAAAGAAAAUAGAAGCUAGCAUGAUGUUCAAAUCCAAAAUGGACUUGAUGUCACACCUCUAUUUAAUCAGUGAGUAUCCUUGCAGUCAAAGCAAUGAUCAGAAUAUCAAAUUGGCAAAUAGCUCUGCCCAAGUCCCUGGGUAUCCCUUGGUAGCAUCAGCUGCCUACACCCCACUGCUGGAAAUGCAUCUUACAGUAAUCCAGCCUGCCUGUGGAUGUGCCCGUACCGUGGCCCAUGUCUACUCCCUUGAGGUAUCCAGACCAUACAGAUUUGGGGAACUACCAUAACUUGCUCAGUUACCCAGCUAGCAGAUGUCAGUGCUGGGACAACCAAGUCACGCUCACAACGGAAUGUUCCAGAAUCCACUACAAAUAUGGCAAGCUGUCCUAUCUACUGUCAUAGUUGAAGUCAUCAUCCCAUCAUAGUCCCCCUUACAUAUCCCAGGCGUGGCCCCAGAUUCUGCAGGAGCGUUUCAGGCAGCCUGUCCUAGCUGGGGGUGGCAUGAGUGUUGGAACCUUGUUUACCCUUGAGGACCAUCGCUUUACAGCAGGCAUGGCAUGGUCUUUGAUGCUCCUUCGCUGAUCUGGUGGUACGACGCCAAGGAGGCCAGCGUCUCACCUGUCUCCAGCAGAAGAUGAUGAUGAGAAAGAGGAAGAUGAGGAUGAGGAUGACCACUGGCCUCAUGGCUGGCAAUUUCUCUGAAAAGGGUACCUGUGACAGUGUCCUGGGUUCUAUCGACCCUUAAGACAAGGCGCAGAAACCUCUCCUGCCAGUAGGUGACACUGCAGGCUGGCGCUCAGCUGUGCCUGUGGUUUAUUUUUCUCUCCUACUAAGCUCCUGAUUAUUGUGCAGGACUCUGGCAGCCAAAAGGGACUUCAGGUGCUGUGACAACGUUCAUGAAGCAUCUCUGUAUGAUGAGCUGAUGACUCUCACCAAAAACCACUGUGAUGGUGCGUAUGGAGAAAUAUUUAUGAAUGCGUGCCUCUGUACAGACUGAGUAUGUGUUUAUAGGCGUGACAGCUCGUAUUUCUCUGCUGAUGAUCUGCUGAUGGCUCUGUGUGCACAAGUGUGUCUGUGUCUCUGUGUAUCACGCACACUUGCAAGCUUGGCGUGUGUACAGAUGGUUCUGUUAUUUGGGAAUCCUGGGGUGACCAGCAUCACUCCUGGGGGUUCUCGUCAUCUCGUGGGCAUUGCAUGUUCAUCGCCUGCGGCCCCCCAGGCCAGGCCUCUCAGCCUUCCUCUCUCUAGCUUUCUGCUUCUGUUCCACUUCUGUUGCCUCUGACCUCUCUGUCUCCUACCCCUCCAGCUCUGCGGCUUUGGGGAGGAAGUGGCAGAAUCUGCCUCCACUGAUCAAUCUCCACACAUCUUUUCCCUCCUCCCAACAGUGCCCGGGUUAAUACGGUCCAAUUAGGGGCUAUCUUAUGGCCACCGAUGGGAAAGCUGACUUCCUUCUGGGCCUCCUGCUCUUGCCAAACAAGCUUUACCUCUGACCUUGACUGGGAAGUGUCUCCCUGACGCCCCCCACCUCACCCCCACCCAGAGACUUUAGUGAUUGAAUGAAUCAUGUUUGCAAAAUUAGAGCUUCUCUAAGAUGAAUCAAAACUCUGCAGACCCGUGUCUCACACUCCUGGACAAGACUGAAUAUGCCGUCGUGACUGUCUGCCGCUGCUCAAGGGUAGGCCUGUAGCUGACAUUGAUCACAAAGUCGCCAAGUUGCAAACACACUAUGUGGGUCAGGGGCCACAAACCUGUGUCUACAGGAACCGCACAGGAAACAGGCACAAAGGGCACUGGGCAAGGUCUUGAGAAGAAAAAUAGCACUGAGAAUCCAGCAUACCCCUGCUAUGUAGGAAUUUGGGCUGGUGGGCCCUGGUGUUCCAUCUUUUUUUGUUUUGUUUUGUUUUGUUUUCUGAGAAAUUAGAAAUCUGAACUUUCAAUUAUUGGCAACCACUUCAAGUUUAGAAAACACUGUACAGGUCAAAAGAAGCUUAUGUUGUUAGCCAAAUCCACCCUUCCAAUCUCCAGUUUGCUCAUCUGGCCACAGCCCAGUGAAUUGGGACUUUUAGACCCAAGUUACUCAGAAUGGAAGGGACAUUACUCUCAGAAUCACAGCUUGGGGGUUUAAGAGACCUUAGAGAUGCCGUAAAAUGUCCCUGGUGUUUUAAGUACUUGGGUACAAGCUGGAAGUGCACACCUGUUAUCCCAGCACUAAAGAACCUGAGAUUGGAGGAUGCUAAAUUCAAGGCCACCCUGGCCUACAUAUCAAGACUAUAUAUAUCAAAAAGCAAACAAACGUGAAUGAUGCUGGAUAUGGUUGGCGGUGCACGCCUUUAAUCCCAGCACUUCUGAGACAGAAGUAGAUGGAUCUCUGUGAAUUCAAGGCCAGCCUGUUUUACUUAGCAAGCUCUGAGAUAGUCAACACAACACAGAGAGGCCUUGUUUUAAAAAUAAAACAAGCCGGGGAGUGGCGUUCCACACCUUUAAUCCCAGCCCUUGGGAGGCAGAAGCAGGAGAAUCUCUGAAUUCAAGGCCAGCCAGAGUCUCACUCUGUCUCAGAUAUACAGAGUGAGUUCCAGGAAGCCCAGGGCUAUGCAGAGAAACCCUGUCUUGAAAACAACAAAAGUAAAAAUAAAACAAAAUAAAAACUAAAUGAAUGGACACAGACUUUAUUUUUAAAAUACACACCUAUAAACAUAACUUGCAAUUUCCUCUUUCAACAGUGUAGGAGUAAACACUACUUAGGACAAGAUCAAGGGCAAGCCCACCCCUAACAAUGGCCCCUGCCUGUCCCUGUUCUCUGCCGCCAGGGCUCCUUCUCCUGACCCAUCUGCUUGCUGUUUGGCAUAAAUCCCAAGAGCCUCCUUGGAGAGCUAGAGCAGUGCCCCCUUGUCUGUGUGACAUCCUUACCUGGGACAAGAAUGGGCACACACUCCUUUCUAGGCAGUGCUCCGUAGCCUGCUCUCAGCACGUGGUAGGGGAAGGGGGGCUGCUCUGUCCACUCCCUUCCUGGUCAUGUGGCAAAGGAUGCUACCUGCUUAUCACUGUGAGUCCCUUCCCUCAUGCUCACCCUAAGCCUUCGUUGUACAAGGGCUUCUGCUUCUUAAAAGCCAUUCAAAUAAA